AUGCCGUCUUCAAGCCCUGCUGCUUGCACAUCUACUCAGCCGAACACGGAGGCUUCAAGUAAGAAGGUCCAGUGGGCUCCAGGGACUAGGAGGCUCUCGUCCACAGACUCUGAGUCAAGAGCGUCCAGGGUCCGGAGACCCAGCCGGCUGACGGUGAAGUAUGACCGAGGACAGCUCCAGAGCUGGCUGGAGACGGAGCAGUGGGUAGAUGCCCAACUUCAGGAGCUCUUCCAGGAUCACCCGACCCUUCUUGAGCCUGAGAUUGACUUGGAGGUGCUUAUGGACCUAUCAACAGAGGAGCAGAAGCCUUGGCUACAGGAUAUUCUCCGCGACAGUCCCCACCCCACAGAGACUUUUAUCUCUGAGCUGCUCAGUCGACUCAAGAAACUCCGAAGACUCAGUCGGCCUCAGAAAUAA